GCCGUGAAAACGCAGCGCGCGAAAAAGAAAAUAUAAACUCGUCGCGAAAUCGUCGCGAAAUCGUCGCGCUCCUGGAAACUUACUAAUUGAGUCCCGUGAUUCAGAAAGAACUAGUUGCAAAAUAUGACUAACCGGAGAAUGGAUAUACUUCAAGUUGUUACUAUCUUUAGCUGCUUGGGACUAUCAAAUGCAUACGGAGUCCAUUUGAGCGAUCUUCAGCAGAAUUUGGCUGCCAAUGGUUCUGUUAUGGUGGCCCCGUUAAACAGCUCGGAUGCUUACAGUGUCUCCAUAAACCUAUCGCAAUCGACCGUUAACAAUUGUCCUUCGCUGGAAAACGCAGGAUCGAUGGCACAAAUGGAGUUCCUGACACGACUAACUGCCGGUUGUCGCUUCGACAAGAUGGUUCCACCCACUGUCUAUAAUAAAGACGGUGAGGAGGUGCCCUUGGGCCUCUAUGCGCGAUUCUACAUUUACGUGAUAAAGAACCUGGACUCGAGUGAUCUGCAGUUUAUGGUGCAGGGUCUUUUGCAGUUGCGAUAUGAAGAUCCCCGACUGGCCUUCUCUAAAUAUCUUCCCAAUCAAAGGCAGCCGAUGAUGGGUGAAUCAGAACUAAAGAAAAUGCUCUGGGUGCCACAUAUUUUCAUGAGCAAUGAGGAGGCCUCUAGCGUCCUAGGAACCAGCGCCAAGGACGAACUCACCUCCAUUUAUCCAAAUGGAACGGUUUUGAUUUCUACAAGACUGCAGGCCACUCUUUACUGCUGGAUGAACUUCCAGAAGUUUCCAUUUGAUGAGCAAAAGUGCACUACAAUCCUGGAGAGCUGGAUGUACAACACUUCGCUGGUGGAACUUCACUGGGAGACCGUUAGGCCCGUGAGUUUCGACAAACAACUGCAGCUGACGGAAUACAACCUUAUUGGUUCCCUGUACAACGAAUCCAUCACGGUGUCCAAUGGUUCUUCUAUGACGCAUGGCGCCUUGGAGGGUAACUACAGCAAGAUCAGCUUUACUGUUUUGCUUACACGAGAAGUGGGCUACUAUGUGAUUGACUACUUCUUGCCCUCGAUCAUGAUUGUGACCAUUUCGUGGGUUUCUUUCUGGCUGCAGGCUGAUCAAACUCCCGCGAGGACUACUCUGGGCUGCACCACCUUGCUGUCCUUUAUCACACUCUCCCUGUCGCAGGAGAACGAUCUCAUGAAGGUGAGCUAUGUUACCAUGUCCGAGGUGUGGUUUCUGGUAUGCACCAUCUUCAUCUUUGGCAGCCUGGUGGAGUUUGCCUUUGUAAAUACCAUUUGGCGAAGGAACAACGAUCUGCAGCUCAAGAAACGCACCACCAAAUACAUUGUCAAGUCCACUUUUGUCCCGAAACGACAUCGGCGACAUGGUUACAGGAGGACCGAUAGCACCCUGAGUACCAUGAGCACCACCAGCAUGGACAAGUCCUGCGGUCGCGACAACACUGUGAUCACCAUAGAGACCCCCAUAAUCAUAGGAGGCAGUCUCAGUCGGGAGGAUUCAGCUAUAAGCUUGGAUGAGCAAGAUGAGACCUCUACUUCGUCGUCCAGCGAUUCUUCAAAGGAAAAACCAGCCCAGACUUUUGCCACAAUGACGCCCAAGGAGGUGUCGCUGUGGAUCGACCGAAAGAUGCGGUUCGUCUUCCCUCUGGCUUUUAUCGUUUUCAACGCCCUGUUUUGGACCCUGGUCUACUGCCUGUGAGGUGUUUAUCAGAGGAAGAGAGUUAUUCUGUGAUCCUGGAGCAUCCUCACCAGUUGCCUCAUUAGACUUAGUCCCUUACCCCUAGAUGCAUUUACAUAUUUUAAGUAUACUUUGGACUUACUUUGUCGAAUUGACGACGGCAACUUAAUAUUAGUAAUUUUUUAAAACAAAUUGUGUAGCAGUAAGAUAUCAAAAAUAACAAAAACAUGAAAAUCUGAAAAGGCACAUUAUUCUCUAAAUUGUAUCACGAGUAAAUUGGCACUGUCGAAUCGACAAAGUGAGUCCAGUCUAGGGUUAAGGCCUGUUUGCACAAUCUGAGUUCCACUCUGAGUUAUUUGGUGUAAACGCGGGUCUAAAGUAUUAAACUGAGAUUUCAGAUAUAAACUCCGAACAUAUAAACCCUGUUAUUUUUACUUUAAAGUACCAAAAACUUGGAGAAGAAAUCAGUUUGCGUAAAGAGGCCUUUAGUAUGUAAUCCCGACAGGUGCUGGAGUUUUCCCAGCCAGGGCGAA